UUCCGUUACUUUUUUUUCAAAACAAUUGCCUAAUUGCUAUUUGAAUGUUUUCUGUCAACAAAAUUCACUUACCAAUUUAUACAAAGCGAGUUUACAUAUCUCAUAAAUGAAUUCGCCUUGAAUUUGCGCGUAGCACUUGUUUUUGUUAUUUACUUUUUUAAUUCGAACACACCGCAGAUGAAUUCGCUGGGUAGAAGUAACAGCUGAUAACCCAUUGUGUCAUAUUUGUUAUGUGUAACCACGCAAAAGUAAAUUAAUUAUUAAGGCUUUUAUAAAUUAAAAAAUUAAUUAAUAACACAUUAAUAAAUGACAAUAGCCCGCAGUUUUCGGUUACUGCAAAGCAUUAGCGUCCACGCUCGAUGGCAGCGAUUUUACAGUAGUGCAAAAUUGCGAAACAUUGGUAUUUUGGCGCAUAUCGAUGCAGGCAAAACAACUACAACGGAGCGCAUGCUCUUUUAUGCCGGCAAGACACGUACAUUGGGCGAGGUGCAUCGUGGUAAUACGGUGACAGAUUGCCUGACACAGGAACGUGAGCGUGGCAUAACGAUAUGCAGUUCUGCGGUAGCUUUUAACUGGCAGGGUCACAAAAUAAAUCUACUAGACACACCAGGUCACAUAGACUUUACCAUGGAGGUGGAACAAUCAUUGCAUGCUGUAGAUGGUGUUGUUGUGGUUUUAGAUGGCACGUCUGGAGUAGAAGCGCAAACAAUUACUGUGUGGGCACAAGCUGAGAAACAUCAUCUGCCGAAAAUAGUAUUCAUGAAUAAAAUGGAUCGUCCUGAUGCAGAUUUCACCGCCUGUGUGAACGAUUUAUCGACAAAGUUGGAUGCAAAGCCAGUUUGUUUACAAUCACCGCUAAAGGAUGAAAAGGGAAAUUUAACUAUUUUCGAUGUGAUUACGCAACAAGUGCUGAUUUGGGAUAAUGCUAGUUUGGGUCGUGAGUACAAAACACUUCCGCUUCUAGAUAAGCACAUCGCAGACUUACAAGACAAACGUAAUGCGUUAAUUGAUGAGCUUUCCGGUAUCGAUGAUGAGUUAGCACAGGUCGUUAUUAGCAAUGAGGGCUUUGAUAAAGUCAGCAAUGAAUUGAUACAACAAGCUUUACGACGUGCGGUUGCGCAACGUAAAGUGGUACCAGUACUUUUGGGUUCAGCGUACAAAAAUGUGGGCGUACAGCGGGUAAUGGAUGCAAUCAUUGACUUUUUGCCAGCGCCACAUGAGCGAAAUCAGCUUUACGAUUGUUUUUGUGAUGACUUUGUGGGCAAAGUUUUCAAAAUCAUACACGAUAAACAACGCGGUGCGCUAACAUUGGUGCGUGUCUUCCGUGGUGAAUUGAAGAAGGGCUCACGGUUAGUGACCACACAUAAUACUGCAGAAGUGGUGAGCAAAGUGUAUGAACCAUUGGCGGAUGAGUAUCGUGAAAUUAGCGGUGUGCCAGCUGGGGAUGUUGCCAUUUGUGCGGGCUUGAAGCACACAGUUACCGGCGAUUUGCUCACAACUAAUGCUUCAUCGUUGAAAAAUGCGCAAAAACGUUUGCAGAAAACAAUGAAACUACCUGAAAGCGACGUGAUGAUUGAAGAUGGUAAUGCCGAAGAUAACGGCCAUGCGACGCUUGUCAAUGAGAUAUUCAACACUGAUCCUCAAAUUCCGGAUGCUGUAUAUUUUUGCUCUAUCGAGCCACCUAGUUUGGCGACGCAGAACGCCAUGGAGGCGGCGUUAAAGCAAUUGCAACGUGAAGAUCCUAGUUUGCGUGUAAAUUAUGACUCUGUAACCGGACAAACUGUGUUGGGUGGUAUGGGCGAGCUGCACAUGGAUAUUGUGAAAUCUCGUAUACUCACCGAAUACAAAAUCGAUGUAGAUUUAGGUCCUCUGCAAAUAGCCUACAAAGAAACGAUAGAAGAGCCAGCGCUGGAUAAUUUUCAAGUAGAGAAAGAAAUAGCGGGGAGUAAACAGAGCGUAAACAUCACUUUAGAACUGUUGCGCGAACAAAAUGAACCGUUCAGUUUAGAUAAAUCCGGUGAGAAUGCAGCAAAUUUAAAUACACUACGUCCCCGCAUGCUACAAGUGAUACGUAAGGGUGCGUUGUCGGCUUUAGAACGUGGCCCACGUGUUGGUGGUCAGGUCGUAGAUACAAAAAUUCGUCUGCAUAGUAUAACAAUAGGGCGUGGUACAGCUGAUUCUUUUGUUAUGGCUGCCGCUGCGCAAUGCGUACAAAAGAUAUUAACCACAGUAGGUACACGUUUGCUCGAACCAGUUAUGGCGUUGGAAAUUGUGGCACCGUCCGAACGCAUAUCAGCAAUUAUAGCCGACUUGUCACGUCGUCGUGCCACAAUAAACGACGUGCGGCCGAAAAGUGCGCAUAAUAAGGUUAUAUAUGUGAAUGCGCCACUGGCUGAGUUGUCCGGCUAUUCCAGCGUUUUGCGCAGCAUAAGCUCUGGAACGGCGGGUAUGACAAUGCAACCAUGCGGGUUUUCAAAUAUGAAUUCAAACGAUGAGGUGCGUGCGAUAGAAAGAGCACAGGGAUUCGAGUAAAUUGUGUGCGGCAACUCCUCGAUAGGCACGCUACCUACAAUACUUAAAUUGUACAUAGAAAUUGAAAAGUUAAAUGAAUAAAUAUAUAUUUAUUAAU